AUGGUCGCGGCUAAAAGAGGUCGAGGCGGCGCCCAGAAAAAAAAUGCUAACGAUAAUGAGGAAGUAAGUCAGGUCCAGUCCCAGGCAGAAGCGAUUGCAUCGGUUGAGGAGGAAAAUAAUGGGGAAGCUCAACCAGAGAAUCAAGAAGAGAACGCUAGUGAGGAAGCUGCUGAGCAGUCGGAAGGUGCAGAUCAGGCGGGAGCUGAUGCAGAACAGGAGACCUCUGAAGAUGCAAAGCCAGAAGAGCCAAAGGAAGAAAAAGUAGAAACGGGUAAACUUCUAGUUGAGAACCUACCUUCCAGUUAUUUGUUUGACUAUCAAGACAAACUGAAAGAGUUGUUCUCAAAACAUGGAGAAAUCAACAGCGUAAAACGUGGUCCGAUCAUUGUAACUGAAUUGACCACAACUCCAACAUUAUCGGCUAUUGUCGAAUUCAAAAACAAAGAGUCUCUGGAAAAGGCACUUACAGAAGAUGGCUCAGUGCUAGAGGGUAAUGCCAUCUCAGUAGCUAUAGAGUCAUCGGCUGAGACAGCAGUUCUGGUCGGAGUGCCAUAUGAGGCCUCUACCGACUAUGUAAAACUGCUGUUCAGUCAGUGCGGUGAAGUUGCACAUAUUCAUGAGUUCAGCAAGACAAAGUUCAAAAUCUUGCGCGUCACGUUCCACUCGAAGGAGAGUGUGGAGCGAGCGUUGAAGCUGGAUCGGGAGUUGCGGCUCAACGGGUUCCUCGUCACUGUCUCACGCUACCGCGAUGAUGAUGAACAGAAGGCCCACGCUAACGCCAAUAAGGGUAAUAAGCGUCAACACGGUGGUCGUAACAACACGAGCAGUAGCAGCGGCACCAGUCCGGCCCCACCCGCCACACGGAACAACUCCUUCCGUUCCAGAGGAGGAGCUGCCCCCUUCAACCCUAGGGGGAACUUUAGAGGUGGAGCUCGCGGCCGUGGGUUCGCAGGUCGCGGUGGGGCUUACCCGCGCGGCGGCUUUGCCCCCGUCAACUCGUACCUGCCUCCGCAGCCAUACAUGGCACGUCCGCAGGGCGCCUUCAUGGACGGACAGCGGCCGAACAAGCGACUCCGACAGAUGUAA